AAUAUAAUUUAACUGUAUAAUUGCGUCUGUCUUAUUUUGCUUCGCUACAUCAAUAUGUUUUUUGUAAUAUCCUAUAUCACCGUAAAAUUACGUUGUUUUAUUCUCAAGGUGGUGAAAGUGGGUUAAGGUAGGAAAAUGCACAUAAAGUUAUUUUAAAAUUACUUUAAGGUCACCAGUUCAGGGAGAACAAGGCGUUCCUGGGAAAUUCUACAGAUAAUAAACAAUUAUUCCAUUGCCACUUACAUAAACAGGGGUAUAAAUAUAAGCUACAUCAGCCUUUGUACAUAUACUACCGAUCUUGUUGAAGACUUCAUCUUCAUCUCUGUCUCCGUCUUCCUCAGAGUGCGUGUAUCUAAGUACUACUCAGCUAUCAUGGACAGUCACAAAGCGAGCGUCAGCUUAACUGAUAGCGAUUCAGACGGCGAGCAGUUAUUUCCCCUUCCUUCCAAGGAAAAGCAUACAAGCGCUAAAAGAAAAUCAAACGAUGAGAAAAAAGAGGAGUCCACCAAAAGAGCAAAGAAUUUCGAGUAUAAUUUUUCUGAUCCGACAGAAGAGAAAAAGCUCAUACCCCCAAUAUGCGCUUACCUAGGAAAAGGGAUUAACAUCAGCAUCAAGGAAUACAGAAAGUCCUAUUAUCUUGCUUUCCAAAAGAAUGUUGGAGAUGAAACAAAGAACAGAUUCAACAUGAAUCUUGACCAAUUGGGAGCUUUAAAAAAAGCUAUAAAUGUGUUUGCAGAACAUAUAAAGAAAAAUUGACAUUCACGAGUUAAAUGAAAAUUUUGUAAAAAAAUUGAACUAACUUGACAAUUUUCCCUAUAUUCAUCUUCUUAGAAUGUCGUUUAAUAGAAUAGAAUCAAGUUUUAGAGGUUAUAUUUCAGCUUACCGACACUCUCCGAUACACUCUGAUCCCUACAACUUAUAUAACGAAAU